UGUGAUACAUUGUCUCACCUCCCUUCUACAGAGGUUCCUACUCACCAACGCCAUGAACUGUUUUUGAGAAAAUUGAUACAAUGCCAGGUGGUGUUUGAUUUCAACGAUGCAUCAUCCCAACUCAAAGGAAAGGAGAUUAAACGGCAGGCUUUGCAAGAAAUGAUAGACUACAUUGUCACUACCAAAGGGGCUAUUGUAGAUCCGAUUUAUCCAGAGGCCAUUCGAAUGUUCUCAAUCAAUCUAUUUCGCACCAUCCCACCGCAGGUCAACCCUGUGGGCGAUGCCUUUGAUCCAGAGGAGGAUGAACCUGUACUUGAAAUGGCAUGGCCGCAUCUACAGUUGGUGUAUGAAUUCUUUUUACGAUUUGUGGAGUCACCAGAUUUCAACACCAGCAUUUCAAAGCGUUACAUAGAUCAAAAGUUCAUACUUCAGCUCCUUGAACUGUUUGAUAGCGAGGAUCCUAGGGAGCGGGACUUCCUCAAAACCACGUUACAUCGCAUCUAUGGAAAAUUUCUCAAUCUUCGUGCAUUCAUCAGAAGGUCCAUCAACAACAUCUUUUUUCAGUUUAUCUACGAAACAGAGCGACAUAAUGGGAUUGCCGAGUUGCUAGAAAUCCUUGGAAGUAUCAUCAAUGGAUUUGCCCUACCUCUUAAGGAAGAGCAUAAAUCAUUCCUGACGAGAGUAUUGAUACCUUUGCAUAAAGUCAAGUCAUUGUCAUUGUACCAUCCGCAGCUGGCUUACUGCGUUGUGCAAUUCUUAGAAAAGGAUCAAGCCUUGACCGAGGAGGUUGUCAUGGGUCUGUUGCGGUAUUGGCCAAAGAUUAACAGCCCCAAAGAAGUCAUGUUCCUUCAUGAAAUUGAAGAAAUAUUGGAUUUAAUCGAACCUAAUGAGUUUCAAAAAGUGAUGAAGCCGCUCUUCCAACGAUUAGCCCAAUGUGUUUCUAGUUCACACUUCCAGGUUGCAGAGCGUGCGCUGGCAUUUUGGAACAACGAAUAUGUUGUCAAUUUAAUGGGGGAUAAUAUCGAUGUGAUCAUGCCCAUCAUGUUUCCUGCACUCUAUGAGAAUACAAAGACCCACUGGAACAGAGCUAUACAUAGCUCCGUGUAUAAUGCUUUAAAGAUAUUUGCUGACAUAAGUCCAAGACUGUACGAUAGCUGUACACUCGAGUAUAAUGAACGAGUUCAAAAGUCACAAAAACAAAGAGAGGAUCGAACCUUGUUUUGGAAAAUGAUAGAGUCAGAUGCAAGAGAACAGCGAGGAAAACGCUUGUCAACGGAAAUGCCUAAACCAGUGUCCGCCGGCUACCAUCAAGGGUUUACAAGAGUGCAAACGGAAAUUCAAACGAUGGCGUGCAAUAUAGAGAGGAGGGCAGCGACGGUCUAGACCAGGA